AUGAGCAGGUGCUUGUGCCCCGGCCGCAUCUUGCGAAUUGGCCGCGGGCCAGUUUCUCCCAGACCGUUGCAUCUGUCGCAUCCGUCGGUCUCUCGCAUCCACACCCGCCUCGCCUCGACGAAUCGGAGACCGAUCACACACGAUGAAUAUUCCCUCCUCCUCUCAUACAAUGACUUGCCUCCCCGGCCGCUUGAGUCUUGGAGGAAGUUCAACCCCGAUGCCUGGAUCUCCAUCCUAGCGAAAUUCAUGCGUCCCACUCGUGAAGCUGAGAGACAGGGCGCGUCGCUACUCGAGUACAAAGAUGAUCUCUCUCGCAGCCAUGCGCUCAUGGGAUAUCUUUUGUUGGCAAGGACACAUUCAAACUUAGAUCUUUUGGCACAUCUGGGCUUUAAUCUUAAACAGUGGUCUACUGUCCAUGCUCUUCUGAGCCAACUCAUCGACACCUACGAAAUCCUCCUCCCCUACAUUCCCCCUCAGAACUCUCUGCAAGGAUUGGACUGGAAUUCGGAUGGGCUCUCUCUGGAUCAGCUCGCAGACGGAGAAACCCCGUCAAAAGGAUUCCGCAUAAAGCCACUACCGGCAUCUGAUCCCAUUGGUCUUGAUUUCUUGACCCUGCGGCCCGCAGCGCGGGGAUUUGCGCAACGACACUUGUGCCAAGUACUCUUGAGCCUGGGUACUUUGAUUCUGAAGGCAGCCGACAGUCCACAGACUGACGCAAAUCUGGCAAUGUCUUGCGUCUAUCGCAUUUUGGCCCGUUUGCACCAUCUAGAUCUGAUCCCUGACCGAGUCUAUCAGUAUCCAAAGAACGAUCCCAGUCAAGUCUCAUUCCGACCCCCGGGUCUCAAUUUACUCUCGAGUCAUAUCAUGAGUGUGUUGUCUGAUGCAGCAUGGGUAGAGCAUGAGGCAGCACUCGCAAACGCGGCCAACGAAGCAGGCGAGCUGCCCCCAUUCCUGCCCUUCAAGGUUGGAGUUCGGGAGCUUGGUCCUGAGGUUUGGUUAGAGUUCAUUCUUUGGUGCUGUGUCGAGCAUGGCUUCGCGAAACAGGGUGCCUGGUUGCUUCGGGAAAUGACUCAACGAACUGGAAACGAAGCAUGGAAGAUUGAGAGCUGGCAACCUUUGAUUCAGGCUCUUGACCUCGUCCAACAAACAAACAUUAGCACAGAGACAUCCUGGCGCCGUCCAAGUGAUGAUCAGCCGCCUAAAGUAUUCAAGGGUCGCAACAAGCCUCCAUUCAACGGGCUUGGCAAAAGGACAAUCAGUACCGAGGUGGUCGUUAGCUUGCGAAGUAGCUUGGCCAACAAGGCUUAUACUGGAAUCGGGUUUCACGGGUUAUCCCCCACGGAUAUCCUGCGGUUCUCCUCAUUCAUGAACUCUUUACUUGAUCCCUCGGGAAAUGGGAAUGACCUUCGGCCAACGAACAAGACGACCAAUUGGCACAUUCUGAGAAUUCUCCAAUCAGGCGGACUACAACCAUAUCAGGACCCGUUGUCAUUUGAGAAGACACUACGGUCCACUCAUAAUGUAGUACCACCGUGGGACGGAGAAGCUGUGAUCUCUGAAGAAUAUCUGAGCAAGAUAACGAGAUCGCAAGUUUACGACGAGAGUGCAGCCAUCGCUGGCUUGGUGGAAUAUAAUGUCAAGGCGUACUCCCAUCAACGCUUGGCCGGACGCGCUUUCCACCAGUAUGCCUGGCUGCAAAAUAUUGUUGAUGCCAGCAAGGCCUAUCAUAUACAGGCCUUCUUUGAACACCUUAGUCGAUCAAAGACAGCGGAUGUGCCCUUCUUCAAUUCCCAACAACUUGGCGCGGCAGACCACCAGUCAUCUUCACUUCCUCAGGUUUCAACUGCCACACUGGCUGAGCUUCUUGACCUCGCCACUGUCAAUCGCGCUUUUGAUUUCGGCAACUGGCUGCUCUUCAACGAUGAUGUGGAUGGACCUUCUAUUCCGGUGAGCGCGUAUCGAAAUCAGGUUCUGGCACCAUCGAUUCUUCGGUUUGCUGCUGCUACGCAAAACGCCAAACUCAGUGAAAAAGUUAUUUCAUCGCUCGAAAUGCCGCUCUCUGUUAAUAUGUUGAAAGCCCUGGUCAACACCCACUUCCACAUGGAGGACUGGGACCGUGCAAUAGUUACGCUGCAAUACCUCCGCGAUUUUAGAUUGAAGUCGUGGGGGUUCAGCAAUAUCACUGCGCUAGCGGCCAAGAUCAUCCGUCUCGACGCUACUAUCAAGGACAUUGAGUCGGGUGGAGAUGUUCUGGCAGAAAAGGAACGACAAAGCCUUGAGCGUGCUAAGGACAUCCUUCUACGGUUCUUCCGCAUGGAAUUUAAUACUCCCGCCAGCAAGAACCGACGAGUAACCAACUUCCAACAGAAGGUGCUCAUGCGUCUGCUCCCUAUUCUCAAAUCUCUUCCCAGCCCUCUAUCAGAUAUCACCAAGCAGAUCAACAUGCAUUUGAAGCCGGCCAGCCAUGUCAAGCUCCAUUAUCUCCCCUCGGUCUCAUUUCACACCCUUCUCUCCGCAGUCAUGGAUGUCCACGGCAGCACAGCCGGUAUAGAACUUUGGCUGAGAUGGUGCUUGAACCCCCCAUCGCCCACGCACAAACGCCAACGUGAAGGCGGCAUAGUUCGGCUUUUCAACCGCAGCGAAUUGGCCUCGCCUCGAUGGUCCCGAGGCGACCCAGGCUUUGACCCGAAAUGGACCGCCUGGGUCCAACGCAAAGCAGUCAUCCCGAAUCUGAACACCAUUCGCCUCAUCUCGCAAGCCGCGAUGAAAGAGUAUGAACUGGACCAGGUCAAAUCUGACCCGACACAACCCCACUCAGCUCACCACCCUCUCCAAUACCCCAGUCGCCGCCUCCCCGCCUUCGCCUACGCCCGCCCCUAUAGAGCCAUGCUCCCUCACAAUCUCUACAGCGCCAUAUCCAAAACAGGUGGCUCUCCGCCCACCACAGCCCCCGUCGCCGCCCUCGACUUCUGCGUGAGCAUGUUCCUCCGCGCCGGCCUAACCGAAGACCAAAUCGGGCUCGAGGUCCCGGGACACUUGCAGCGCAUGCGCAGCCGCAACAUCUUCGCCGGCCUGGGCCGACGCGCCAGGACCCAGCUCCAGAAUACCAAGAAAGACCCUUGGAUGGAGGCGUCGCCGUAA